AUGGACAAUAAGUCGCAGCAACCCAGCUCGUUCCAGCAGCUGGAGAAGCUCGGUGAAGGCACCUAUGCCACGGUCUUCAAAGGGCGCAAUCGCCAGACGGGUGAAAUGGUCGCCCUGAAGGAAAUUCAUCUCGACUCCGAAGAAGGCACCCCGUCGACCGCCAUCCGCGAGAUCUCCCUAAUGAAGGAACUGAAGCAUGAGAGUAUUGUGUCGCUCUACGAUGUCAUCCAUACAGAGAACAAGCUCAUGCUGGUCUUUGAGUUUAUGGACAAGGAUCUGAAGCGAUACAUGGAUACCCGGGGCGACCGCGGCCAGUUGGACCCAGCCACCAUCAAGUCCUUCAUGCACCAGCUGCUCAAGGGCAUUGCUUUCUGUCAUGAGAACCGAGUGCUGCACCGCGACCUCAAGCCCCAGAACCUGCUGAUCAACAAGAAGGGCCAGUUGAAGCUGGGUGACUUUGGUCUAGCACGCGCCUUCGGUAUCCCCGUCAACACUUUCUCCAACGAAGUGGUCACCCUCUGGUAUCGGGCCCCGGAUGUCCUGCUAGGCAGCCGCACCUAUAACACCAGUAUCGACAUCUGGUCCGCUGGGUGCAUCAUGGCGGAAAUGUAUACGGGCCGGCCGCUCUUCCCCGGCACGACCAACGAGGAUCAGCUGUUAAAGAUCUUCCGGCUGAUGGGCACGCCGUCGGAGCGCUCGUGGCCCGGCAUUUCCCAGCUGCCGGAAUACAAGCCCACAUUUCACGUCUACGCAACGCACGACCUUGGCCUGAUCCUGCCGCAGAUUGACCCCUUGGGUCUGGAUCUCUUGAAUCGCAUGCUGCAGUUGCGCCCGGAGAUGCGCAUCAGCGCCAACGAUGCCCUGCAGCACCCGUGGUUCCAUGAUCUGCCCCAGGUCCAUGCUCAGUUGCAGCAACAGCAGCAGCAGCAGCAGAUGGCCGGCCAGUAUGGGGGCAUGGUCCCGCCGCAACCGGCCUAUUAA